CACUUCGGCCUCUCAGUCUCGCUGUCACUACUGUAAGUCUGUAUAAGCUCCUCCACCGGCAGUGAAAAACUUUCAAAUAUUUUUAACUGUUGACGGUGAAAGCAGAGUUGAAAUCACGACCGUUGAACACCGAAGCUUCACCGCGACGUAGUCUAAAACAUUUCAUCGCCAAUCCUCAUUUUCUCACACAUACUCACACACUAGACACAAAUUCCUCUGUGACUCAACUCCGAUUCAUUUUCGUUGCUUCCAUUUAUUUGAACCUAUAAAAUAAUUGUAGCGAUGAUGAUAUAAAAUAAUUAUUAAUUUUGAUUAAUUAAUUUGCCCAAUUUGAUAGCCGGCUCUUCUAAGAAAGAGGAGCGAGUUUUGAUCGGAGCUGCGCUAAAAAACCAUCUGUGUUUAGAGUAAAUUGAAGGAUGAAUGCUGUAGGGCGACAAAGAUCUGGUGCACCGGCGGCGCAUCAUCAGCGGCAGUACUCCGAUAACUAUCUCGAAGCUUCAUCUAAUGGCAGAUGGCUACAAUCAGCUGGUUUGCAGCAUCUCCAGUCUAACAGCAACUCGCUGCCUCCUUCACAGGAUUUUGGGUAUUACGGUGGAGCGCAGGGUUCGAGAAUGUAUAGAGGUGCUCAGAGAACUUUCAGUGGAGGAAGUGAUAUAUUUGCGGAGCCAUUGACGCCGCCUGCGGCUAAUUCGCGGAGAAGAAAUGGGGAAGACGAUGGGGUAUCACCCAAUGAAUACAGUCCUGGACUCCUGGAUCUGCAUUCUUUCGACACCGAGCUUCUUACCGAGCUUCCUGUUCCUGGAUUCUAUGACCCCUCGGCUAUGCAUAAUCUUACUCGGGGAAGAAGCUUUGAUGAUUCUGAGGCAUAUUUUGGAAACAAUAAACAGAGCAGCAAGUCUCGUAAUUUGCCCGAGGAGAAUGUUAUGAAAAGUUUCUCUGUGGAUAAGGAGAAGGCUAGUAAUGUCGCAAAGAUCAAAGUAGUGGUGCGCAAGAGACCUCUAAACAAGAAGGAGCUGGCAAAGAAUGAGGAGGACAUUAUAGAGACAGAGUCCAACUCUCUAGUGGUCCAUGAGACCAAACUCAAGGUUGACCUGACCGAAUAUGUGGAGAAGCAUGAAUUUGUCUUUGAUGCAGUGCUGGAUGAGGAGGUUUCAAAUGAUGAAGUUUAUCGUGAAACUGUGGAACCCAUUGUUCCUAUUAUUUUCCAGCGCACAAAAGCAACUUGCUUUGCUUAUGGGCAAACAGGAAGUGGAAAAACUUAUACAAUGAAACCCCUUCCUCUCAGAGCAUCUCGAGAUAUUUUGAGGCUUAUGCAUCAUACUUACAGGAACCAGGGCUUUCAAUUACAUGUGAGCUUCUUUGAGAUAUACGGAGGAAAACUUUUUGAUCUCCUCAAUGACCGAAAGAAACUUUGCAUGAGAGAGGAUGGCAAGCAGCAAGUUUGCAUUGUCGGUUUGCAAGAGUACAGAGUGGCUGAAGUUGAAACAAUUAAAGAGCUCAUUGAGAAAGGAAAUGCAACAAGAAGUACCGGUACCACAGGUGCAAAUGAGGAAUCAUCUCGAUCCCAUGCCAUACUUCAGCUUGCGAUUAAAAGAUCAGCCGAUGGUAGUGAUUCGAAACCUGCUAGAGUUAUUGGAAAGCUCUCCUUCAUUGAUCUGGCUGGAAGUGAGCGGGGUGCAGACACCACUGACAAUGAUAAGCAGACAAGAAUGGAAGGAGCUGAAAUCAACAAAAGUUUGCUAGCCCUAAAAGAAUGCAUUAGGGCUCUUGACAAUGAUCAGACUCAUAUACCUUUCCGAGGCAGUAAAUUGACUGAAGUACUGAGGGACUCAUUCGUUGGGAACUCACGUACUGUUAUGAUAUCCUGUAUCUCACCCAGCUCAGGGUCCUGUGAACAUACUUUAAACACUUUGAGAUAUGCUGAUAGGGUAAAGAGUCUUUCGAAAAGUGGGAGUUCCAAAAAGGAUGUUGCAUCUUCAACUUUGAACUUGAAAGAGUCUACAACUGUGGCCCUGUCUUCGGUUUUACCCCCGACAUCACCAUAUGAAGAUGACACAGGUGACUCGUGGCCUGAACAAACUGAUAAAGAUGAGUAUGAAGAGGAUUUUUAUGAGCAAGAAAAGCCUUCCUGGAGGAAGAACGGAAAAGUUGAAGUGUCCAGCUUUUCAAACACAGAAGAUAAAUCAAGAAGAGUCAAGGAUCAGAUGAAGUGGAAGGAACCAUCUAGAUCAGAAUCAAGAUACUCUAAUCCUGAUGAUGAUUUAAAUGCUCUUUUGAAGGAAGAGGAGGACCUUGUUAGUGCUCACAGAAAACAAGUGGAGGAGACAAUGGACAUAGUUAGAGAGGAAAUGAAUCUGCUAGUUGAGGCUGAUCAACCUGGUAAUCAACUGGAUAACUACAUUUCCAAACUGAAUGCAAUCUUAUCCCAGAAAGCUGCUGGUAUCCUGCAGUUACAGAAUCGCUUGGCUCAUUUUCAAAGACGCCUCAAGGAACAUAAUGUUCUGGUGUCUGCGGGCCACUAAAUGUGUUUUGCAUAUAGAUCGGUGGAUCCGCUGGUUUGUUUGGUUUCUGCAACUGCAUGAAAUUAACUGGGAGCAUAUUAGAUUCCUGGUGGAAAUAUCUGUUUCAAGAGCAUGAGCAAUCCCAGAAUGAUAUGGCUUUGCUCGUUUCCUCAAAUACUCUUACUUCUAGUAGGCAAGUACAUUUUGUUGGAUCGCCUCCUCUUGUCCACAGUUUCUGCUGAAAGCUCCCAUAUUCAUUGUUCUCUUUUACCAUAUAUAGAAAGCCAUAUCAUGUAGCAGAUGGCUACUGUAAAGCUGUGGCAGCUUUGUAAUAUUGUAAGUGAAACUCGUGCCUGAAAGGCAAUGUUUACAUUAUGAAUUCUUUAUUGUUUAUCGACUUCCUAGUCUUUGUAUCUUUUCACAAAAUAUAUUUAGAAGAGUCUUGGUACAUCAACUAACAAAGUUCAUGUGCUUAGAGUCAGGAGACUCCCCGCAUGGCGUUUAAGGAUCAAAUGAACAUGAACAUUGUGUCUUUUCCGUGUCAAUGUUCUUCUUUGAGUAAAAAAAAAAAAGUUUUUUUUCAUGUUAGAAUGGAAGUUGAAGUACAUAAUUGGAUACACACUCUCUGAAACCUAUGAAUGACAGCCAAAACAUUCAAGUAAAAAGGAAAAACACAGUAACACAGAUCUAGAAUGAAUCACAUAAAAAAUUUUGAAGGAAGAAAAAGAUUUACAAAUCUAACAUCCAAGUUCGUGUGCAUUUUUCUUUUUUUAGUACAGCGGGUAGCAUGCAACUGAAUCAGGAACGCCAGUGAUCUGUAUCACUUCCAGUGGGAUCUCUGCUUUUAUCCCGUUUCUUCAUCAUCUCAGCCCACCUUGCAAAGAGUUUAGAAUCCUCAUACUUCCCAGAGAAUCUCAUCUUUUGCGCCAACUCUUCCAGUAUAUCAGGUCUACCGGCUCGAGAAAAAUCAGCAGCAAAUUUGUUGUAAUCAAGUUGAGGUGCUUUCAUGCCUUUUGCAAUCAUCUCUUCCAAGAACUUGCAAGCCUCAGCCGAUCUACCUUGCCUGAUUAGCCCACCAAUGAUGAUAACGUAUGAAUUAUCAUCAGGACAACAGCCUUUCUUAUUCAUCUCUUCCCAAACAGCAAUACCCAUGUCAUAAUUCCUAUUGGCAAAAAAAGAUCUCAUCAUCAUGUUGUACGUGUGAAUAGUGGGUUCAAUCCCUGUAUUGAUCAUCUUCUUGUAUAUCCUGACUGCAUCAUCUGGCAUUCGCCUGUUUGUCAUUAACUUGAUUAAGGCAUUAAACAACUGUGCAUCAGGAGGAUAUCCCUUGUCUUUCAUAUCCUUCAACAGUCCAUAAACUUUAUCCAUCUUCUUUUCAUUUCCAUAACCAGUAAGCAAACACGUGUAGACUCCAGCAUCCGGUUCGCAACCAGACUUCAUCAUUUCAUCAAAGUAAUCUGCAGCUUCUCUCAAUCUCUUCUGCUUGCAUAAAUCCCUGAUCAGUAUCGUAUAGCUUCUAACAUUUGGAGCUGGACCCUUGGCCUUCAUGACUUCAAACAGCUUGAUUGCAUCAGACCUUCUAUGACCCCUCAACAAUCCAUCGAGCAUAGUGUUAUGUGUGACAAUAUCAGGCUUAAACCCUUUGUCGAUCAUUGUAUUCCAUACCUUACCAGCUUCCACCAAGUUCUUCACCCUGCACCAGCCAUUGAGCAGAACAGUGUAAGUUUGCAAAUUUGGCGUAAACCUAUGCUCCAACUUUUGGAACAUGAUUUGUGCUUCUUUUCCGAGCUUAGCCCUUCCCAUGGCAUCAAGCAAACAAUUAACGGUCUCAACUCCAACUUUAAGCUUGUAUUUCUUCAUGAGCUCAAACAUUCCGAUCGCCUUUUUCCUCUCCUUGGCAGCUACAAAAGCUUUCAUGGAGAUAAUGAAAGUCUCCAUAGUAAGCAAACCCUUUUCACCCAUUUCUUCAAGAACUGACACCAUAGUCUCAAACUGCCUUGUCUUUCCCAGAAUACUCAUCAUAGCAUUAUAUGUUCUCGAAUCAUGAGCAUAGUCACUCCUCCGAGAAGCCCAGCAGAAAAAUCUAAAUGCUGGCUUUCUAGCAUGUUUAAACCUCUCUAACACAUCAACCACCAAAUCAUGGCUUAAAUUUACUCCACUUUCAUCCAAAACGGCCUCCAUAUUCCGAUCCAAAGUAAACAAUUCAUCGAUCACCUUGCAUACUCUAUCCACCUCGUCAGGAUCCGCCUUGGAGAUUGCCUUCUCAGCAUUAUUACCACCACUAUCUCCUUCAGAUUCAGAUUCAAACUCAGCAUCUUGAUACCCCUCGACCUCGACCUCGUCAGGGGUAUCAGUAAGGCUACAAAAUCCCCUAAAACUAUUGGGAUUUAUUGCAAUAACAUUACAGAAUUUAAGUUUCCGGAGGUUUAUGAAUGACAACUUUUCUUGAACAGCAAAGAAUGAAGAGGGGUGUGGCAAUAUAAAUGGAAUUUGAUUGUAAGCACGAUAGAUGUCACAACCAGUAAGAGAAUUAAACAAUAAAGACAAGGGCACAUAGCUACCGUUAGGAAGCCGGGUCUGUGCUCCUCCUCGAAUCCCCGAGGUGGUUUCGCCAUGAACGGAGGCGUCGGAGGAGAUGAACGGGGCUCCGGCAUUGGUUUGGCGGCGCAGAUUUGAUCCCAGAAGAGUUGUGAUAACCGAAGAAGUCUUGAAGGGCUCUGGUUUUCUCAGACACAGCGCCAUUUGCCUGCCUCCAUGAAUCUAUUCGGAUCACGCAAAUCAGUGUAGAAAUCUGCUUCCCACGAGUCAAAGGGAUGAUUGGCGGAUUCAGAUGAAGAUGAAGAUGAAGGUAGAGUUGGAAGUUAGGCAAAAUUUCUCAGCUUACAGUUCAACUUCAGGCUAUAUCAGUUAAGGCUAAUACUUCGAUUUGAUACCUUGACGUUUACUAAAAGCAAAAAAAGAAGCCAACUUUAUAAGUAACAUUGCAAUUUGCAACGUUUGUCACUAUUUUUUUUUUCCCCCUUUUUGGAGAGGUUAAAAUGUCCAAUGAUUAAUUCUACGAACAAAAAGCAAGGCAGAACGGAGAACUGUCUUCCUAAAUUUUUAGAAGCAGAAUAGGAAAUACUGUAUCAAAAUGCUUCAGGCUCUAUCAGUUUAGGCUAAUACUUUGAUUUGAUACAUUGACGUUUAUUAAAAGCAAAAGGAAGCCAACAUUGCAAUUUGCAGCGUUUGUCACUAUUUUUC